AUGGCUUGUUUUUACGCCUCUCAUGCAUACAUAUCAAUCUAUAUUGUUACGUUUCUUCUCAUCUCUCGAUGGCCAACAAUAACCGGUAAAUCAAUCACUGCCAGCCAUUUAUUAACGGAACAAAGGACAUGCCCAUUUCCGUCAUUGCUGAUAUCAAAAGCUUGUAAAGGCACUGCCUCUAUCUCGUCCCAAGAACAAGGAUGUAUCCAAGCCCUAACCUCAAAUGACCGUACUUCCUCUGCAUUGACUGCAUUGGAGUUGGCUAAGGCCGCUCUAUCGUUAGCCGUGGAGAAGGUUGACCACACGAUGAUUCUCAUUGGUUCUCCAAAAAAGCCAUGUUUCAAGAGUUGUGCUGAGAACUAUAAAGAUUCUGUAGUUGAAGGGCUAAAGAAGGCAGAGUUGUCUAUGGAGAAAGGUGACCUGGAUGAGACCGAUGAGGAGCUCAGUAUGGCACGUGAUGCUGCUGACUAUUGCAGUAUGAUUUUAUCGGUUGAUCCAGACGAUACAAGAUCCCCAGUUUUUUCGGCCAACAAGGAUGUGCAUAAUCAUAUUACAUUUUCCAUGAGUGUGGCCGAUUUGUUGUAG